AUGCCAUCUUUUGAGAUCAUAUCUUCUCUACGAUACGACCCUGAUCUUCCGAGGAUCACCAAUGGCUUGCCGAAUGACGAAUUUUACCCAGCACCGAAACAGUCACCAUACUAUCUACUCUCUUAUCACCGAGACCGACUGAUCGCCGCUGCUAGACAUUUCAACUGGGAAUCGGCACUCACAUUCUUACAAGAUGGUCUAGAAGCGUUUGAAAAUUUCAUGGACGCGGCGAUUCCAGACAAGACGAAAGCGUGGCGGUUGAGGGUUCUCGUUGAUUGCCAUGGCAAGGGCUCGGUCGAAGUCAACCCUGUGGGCGCGUUGGACUGUUGGAGUCUGCUAGUUCCAUCUUUACACAAGAGCGAUCCAGACGUGAUCUGGAAUGUGUACGUUGACUCACAAUCGACGACACCAUCUGGAUUCACUACGCACAAGACGACCGCGCGAGACGACUACUCUGCCGCUCGCGCCCGGGCUGGGAUCAAGUCACUGGCCGAAACAUCAGAGGUCCUGUUGGUCAAUACCGACGGGCAAGUCAUGGAAGGCAGCAUCACCACAGUCUAUUUCCGACGCCGCGGACAGGCGAGCGAUGACAAGACGAAUAAGCCCAUGUGGAUUACUCCGUCAUUGGUGUGCGGUGGAAAUGCGGGCACAAGUAGAAGAUAUGCCCUUAAGCAGGGUUUUUGUGUGGAGCAGCUGAUUUCUCGGGCAGAUCUUGUCGACGGCGAAGAAUGUUGGCUCAGCAAUGGAGUACGAGGCUUCAUGAAGGGCGUGGUAAUUUUGAAUUGA